AUGGACGAACGCGCCCUUACCAACGCCAGGAAGGAGCGAGACCUCCAAAGAGAGCGUAUCUUUGACCAAACCAAACCCAUCCGUUUCGCCACUCCCAAUACCAAGAUAGCCGACCGCCGACCCGUCGAGCAAUGGCAGCUCAACGAAACGAACACCGGCCUUAAUGAUAUGGCCUCACAACUUAACAACAUCCGGGAAGUGAUUGCUGGGUUCAGGGACCAGAUCGGUCCCAUGGACGCGGGACACGAUGCUGUUGAAAGUCGACCUGCUUCGGGCGGACAGGUUAGCUUGCCCCAAAAGGCUAUGCGAUUCUUCUGGCGUCUUUUCAGUCUUUUUGCUCUGGUUUUGGUUAUUGCCAUGAUCUACUAUCUGAUCGUGUAUCAUGUCUGCGAUGACUGGAACUUUGGGGGAUACGUUCUGGAUCUCCUUGACAUCGACUACCCGCACUUCUUUUAA